CUGUGCUGCGCCUCUCUUCAGCGGCAUUGUUCGCAGCAGCGCUUUUGGCCGUUGCCUCGUUCCCUAUGCGUUGGCGAGCCCCAUCACAGCUGGAGUUGCUGCAAAGUGUUGUGCUGGACAUCCUUGCCUUGGUCAUGAUUUUCCAAACCUUCCCUGCCUUGCGCAGUGAUG